UCUCGUUGGUUCCGCAUUUCGGCUCUCCGAAGUGUGGGUGGCAGCUCCGGAGGGCAGUGUGAUCCGUGCUGGUUCGCGGCGGCUGGGAUCCAGUUCCACGCCCGGGCCUUGAAGCUUCGGCGGCCCUACUUAGCCGCGGACCGCCCUCCGUAUUCCGGUGCCCGCGGCGGCGCCGAGUCUGACUGGGGCGGGGUCGCGGCCCCUCGGGCUAGCGAGGAUGAGCUUCCUCUUCAGCAGCCGUUCUUCGAAAACAUUCAAACCAAAGAAGAACAUUCCUGAAGGCUCCCAUCAGUAUGAACUCUUAAAACAUGCAGAAGCCACUCUGGGAAGUGGCAAUCUGAGGCAAGCUGUCAUGUUGCCAGAGGGAGAGGACCUCAAUGAGUGGAUUGCUGUUAACACUGUGGAUUUCUUCAAUCAGAUCAACAUGUUGUAUGGAACCAUUACAGAAUUCUGCACUGAGGCAAGCUGCCCAGUCAUGUCUGCAGGUCCCAGGUAUGAAUACCAUUGGGCAGAUGGCACUAAUAUUAAAAAGCCAAUCAAGUGUUCUGCACCAAAAUAUAUUGACUAUUUGAUGACUUGGGUUCAGGAUCAGCUUGAUGAUGAAACCCUUUUCCCUUCAAAGAUCGGUGUCCCAUUUCCCAAAAACUUUAUGUCUGUGGCAAAGACUAUUCUGAAGCGUCUCUUCAGGGUUUACGCCCAUAUUUACCACCAGCACUUUGACUCCGUGAUGCAGCUGCAAGAGGAGGCCCACCUUAACACCUCCUUUAAGCACUUUAUUUUCUUUGUUCAGGAGUUUAAUCUGAUUGAUAGGCGUGAGUUGGCACCACUUCAGGAAUUAAUUGAGAAGCUUGGAUCUAAAGACAGAUAAAUGUUUCUUCUAGAACACAAUUACCCUCUUGCUCUAUUUACUGCUAGCACUCUCUCAUUGCUGUCUGGUAUGGACUAGUGAUACUGACUAUAAGAAAACAGGAUCAAAAGACCCAUUGUGUUGCCUGCAGAGAAAAUUGUCGCAAAGGUAGGUUGGCCAGAUAGCUUCAGAACAAGACCCAUAGCCAGCCAAAUUAGAGGUGCUGUGUGGCCACCCCUGUCCUGUUACUGUCCUUUGUUGUAACCUUAUGACUAACCUGUAGUUUGUUGCUGAUCUUUUGUUUAAGAAAGUGAUUUGAGUAUUCCCAUGUGACAGCAUAAUGGACAUUAAGAAUUUUCAGCCAUAACUUUAGUUUCUAGAAAAAAUUUCCUAACACAGAUCAGUUUUGCUUCAUUUUACAAACUGAAAUGGUGUUCCAUUUCUAAUCCCAGCAUUUAGAGCUUCCGGUUCACCUUAGAUAGCCUUUUAGGCUCCUGUCUGUGUUCUGGUGUUUAUAGAUGAGAGUAUAUAUUUUUUUAUCCAGGCAUGAUGGUAUAUGCCUGUUACCUGACACUGUGGAGGCAGAGGCAGGAGGAUAAAACAUUGGAAGCUAGCCUGGGCUACAUGGUGAACUUUUUGCUGAAAACAGUUUGUUUUGCAAAAUCCACAAGGCUUAAAUCACAGGCAUAUAUGGCAUGAGAUUAACCAAAGUUAUUUUAAGUGACUUUCUAAACUCUUUUGGGAUUGUGUCUUGUCUGUCUAGAUGAAGAUGUAUAGACAGACACAGUCUUUGUGUCUUCUGAUGGUGGCCUUGCAGGUUCUCCUUUUGAAACUCUUUACUUAGAUUUUGGCAGAGAUCAAGAACUCCAAAAAACUGUGACAGAUUCAGGCCUCAAGCCACUGUUUCCAUUGAUGAUUCGUGAGGCCUUGCAGUUCUGGAGGGGACAGUAGAAAAAAAUAUUUAGAAUACUUGAUUAUUUCCUAUACGAUUCCAUGUUUUUAUUGCAACUUGAAACCUGAUGUUUAUGUGUAGAAAUGCAGACUUUAUGGCAAUAAGGAAAAAAGUAGCUUGAGGGUGUGUGUGACUGCAGAAGAUCUCCCUGUUGCCUGCUAGAGGGAGAGCUGGAGACCCAGCAAGGGGAGUGAGUUAACAGCCACCUUGCUUCAUCCUGUUACUACACAAAGGCUGCAUUGAGCUCUAGGGGUUCUCUCCUACUUUGUCUUUGUAUCAAAACUUGAAAAUUUCCUUAUCCUAUCAGGAUAAGACUCCUUUAUUGAGGAAGGUGCCUGCUUUUCCUUUGAUCUAGUCAGUUCUGGCUGCCUCCUCAGGUGUACAUGACAUCCUAAAUAUCCUGGACACUUGCCUGAUUGGCAGUGCUAGUACUCUGUGUCAGAACUGGGACUUGCACAGUGCUCACUGGCUGCCUAUGUGGCCUAUGUGGCUUUAGAAAGGUUAGAGUUGAUGAGGUUUUUGUAUUUUUGAUUCCACUAAACUAUAAAAGAAAGAAUUCCUUAGAAACUCCAGUUUUAAUAAUUCAUUUUUAGUAUGUCCUUAAAUAUGCUUAGAAUUUUGCAGGAACUGUUUUAUCUUACUUUUGCUGAAACUACACAUCACUGCUAGAGGAAUUCAAGGUGGGAUAAUGGCUUAGAGAAAAAAGGACAGCUUGGAAACACCUUCUAACCCAGGUGUUUGCAAAGGUCCAGAUGUCAGCUGUUGUGCAAGUGUAUGACAGUCAUCUGCAGAUAGGAAUCAGGCUUCUAGAUGCCAGGAGGGUACUUUAGAAUAGGGGUUUUCAACCUGUGGGUCACAACCUCUUUGGAGGUCCAAAAGCAUCACUUCUUAACCACAGACUCCAUUUGAUUUGCUUAAGUGAAAAUCUUUUCUCAACCAGGGCUCAAUCAUUUUUAUGAUAUCUUGCACUCUCAAAUCAAAGAUUUCUCUUUCCUUUGCAUGUAUUUUAGUGACAGAAAUGCCCUCUCCAUGACUGAGCUCCAAUUGGGUAGAUGCUAAGAUAUGGAGACAGCUCUAAUGGGACACAAAGAAAAACCUUGUUGGUGUUUUGAAAUUUGAGUGCCUCCGCAUGUGUGCGUAUGUGUGUGUGUGUCCCUGCCCUGUUUUUCCUUUUUAAGUGAAAACAGUGCCAGACUCCCAAAUGGACCUGCCUUAACCAGCAGAGUGCACACAUUGUGCUGUUUGCUCACCUCUGAGGCAGAGCAUGGCAGAGGACGCUACAUAACACCCGAAGUAAUCAGUCUGUCCUGGGUUUAUCUGCUUAUUCCCUGUCCCCCCCCCCCCCUUCCCCCCAAGUAGGAGUCAGAUGUCCUGUCUGAUUUAUUGCAGUGGCUUCCAAUUGCCUGGUGAAUUCUACCUUAGCCCUGUGGUGCUUUACCUUCCAGGACUUUAAAAAACUUGGACAAUGAUAGAUUUAGAUUUAAAAAGUCAUUCUUCAUUGUGAUCCAGUUUUUGUGUUGACAGCCACUAUGCUACUGUUCUGACUGAAUAAAGUGAUUUACCAGCAACCAGUUGGCCAAGGGUUCUUUUACCCUGGUCUGCAGAGCUCAAUCACACUAUCACUGGAGAACUGCAGGUCUGUGUUCUUCAUGACUUGAGGCAAAGGCACAGACACAGUCCUGGUGGUGAGGUUUCCUGCUUGUACUCUUGACUUCUCUCCAAGCCCUAAUAUCAUAUAGUAGUAGAGCUUCUUAGACAUGACGUCAUUACCUCAGAAGCAUAAACAAAUCAGGCCCGAAGAGUGUGGGUCCUCCAAGUAUGUUUCCAGUCAUGGUGCCAGCCUGGACCUGAGCUGCUGAGUACCUUCCACAGUCAUGUUCUUUCCUCCUGAGGUCAGUGAACGUUCUGGCAAAGACCGAGAGGAGUCUUUUGAUCUUCUUGUUUUUAUAUUCAACUUUGAUGCUAGUCUCGGAGGGACUUUGGAGCACAUGUGUGUGGCAUCAGUAAUUUUACUGAAGCAGCUGCAUUGAAAUCUCACGGUUUUCUCAUCAGAGUGUGUCAUACAGGUAAAGCCAAACAGAUGGCCAGUGUGCUACGGGCUGGUUAUAGAACAGCGUCUUGUGUUGGUCUGCAUCAAAAAUCGUUUGCAUACGGUAGUCUUGGUUACCAUCUAAAAUAACUUAAAAUAUUCCUCAUGGAAAGAAAUUUAUUUGUAUUUUUAAAACUUUAGGGCUUUAUUCUAUUUUUCUAAGUCGUUAACUGUACUUUUUAAAAAAGUAUUUUGUAUCUACUUUUGUAACUUCAUCAGAAUAAACUAUAUUGAAAGCAAAAA